AUGAAUCAGCAUUCCAUUUAUUGGCCCGGUGAAUCGUCCCUCCCUCCUUGCUUUCCUCCAUUUCUUCUCCACCCAGACGUACAUGCAGCAUACUCGAGCUGCCAAGCGCACAGCAAGGCAUCUCUCUCUCUCUCUCUGUGCUCGCGUGUUGCUCCAUCUGCAUGCUAUUUGCUAUCCGCUUGUCCGCAAGCGGAAGAGAACACCUCGCGGGAUGAACAAGGCGCUUUUCUCCCUGAGGACGCUGCCGUGGGGUAUCUGGCGAAGCAUGGGAUCGAGCAGCGCCUUUCCGAAUGCCUCCGCACGCUUCUGAGGAUGAAGCCCGAAGAUCCUGUGGAGUUCAUGUGCAAAUUCCUGAGAGCCGGUGUGCCUGGCGAGGAGCCAAAGGCGGUUCCCGAGCAAGCUGUGGAAAAGCCAGUCGAGAAGCCUGCGGAAAAGCCGGCGGAGAAGCCUGCAGUGAAUGUGGUCGAGCCGCCAGCUCCUGCACCAAAGCCAGAGCCGGCUGAGGCUCGGGAGGAUGCCCGUGCGGCUCUAAUGAAAUCCGUGCGUGGUGGCGACUUGAUUGGUGCCGUCGAAGAGGAUCAGGAAGCAGCAGCCGCUCCCUUCACUCUCAGGCCAUCGGUCGGCACAUGGUACAUGCCACUACCUUUGGAGACUGCCGCGCCCGCGCCAUCACCAAAGGAGGAGAAGUCUGGGCCUCCACCGAUGGUGUCCUUUGGCCGAAAGGCAUCCAUGGAGAUGGUUGUGGAGGCAUCAGCCGUUGGUGACUGGCUCUUGCCGGAAGCAGGCAACCUCACCCUCAAAGGCCUGGGAACAUCAACAGCAGAAUGCUGUGAAGUUGAGCGCAUCUUGACAAAUGCCCUCAUGGAGCUUGGUGGAGAGCUGCAGGGCGAGUACAUUCCCUUGUCGCCCACCUUUGCAUCGCAGCCAGGAGGCAUCAACGAUUCGAUGAAGGCAUCGCUGCAAUCUAAACACUUGCUCUUCGAUGCAGCAGAUGUCGCUGGCAGAGGGGUCUAUGUCACGGAUGCGGAGGAUGUCGCAUUGUGGCUGAAUGCGAGCAAGCAUUUGCAAAUUUUGGUGAACAAGUCUGCCAAGAAGCAGAUGAUUCACAAAAUCGACACUGUGGUAUCUGCUUUGCAGGGACCUCUGUUCUGGCGGAUGCUUUUCACUGCACCACCGGCCACAGGUUCAAGUGAGCAAAAAGCUCUAGCGAUCCGACAACGCAUCUAUGUCUCCAAGCAUUGCCAAGCUGCUAUGGAGGAGCAGCUCACCAAAGCGACCACGGUGGAGUGGGCAGUCACUGGCCUGAUGGCAGCACAGGCCACCAUGCAUUGGGGGCGAGCAAACUGUACCGCGCAAAGUUCGCGGGCUGCUCAGCACGAAUUGCUCAGCGGCGCUACGACUGGGCUGUCUGCUCUUCUGUACCUGGCCAUGGCGUGCGGCAUCUCAGAGGCCUACGAGGGCUUCGAGGCCGACGGCAGCACACAGCGGCUCUUCUUCCACAUUGCCUAUCUCGGUCGGGCCUUCGUACCAUGCCUGUUGCUUCUGAACAUCAGCGCGCUGGCCCGGGAGCGCAAACCUUCAGCGGCCGCCUUGAUGGCUGCCUGGGUCACGCAGGUCCUGGCGCUGUACCUGGGCCAACUAGCGAAGGCACAGCAGAGAUGGAUCUUUCUCCUGGCAGCUGUGGUGGCGCUCGUGCCCAUGGCCAUCACAAUGUGUGCGGCCAUGGGGGGGCGGCUCCACGAUUCCUCGCUGAUGACAGCUUACCGCUUCCUGGUGACGUGGGUGUGUAUUUGUGGACUCGGUUUCUGCUGGUUAUUCCUCUUCUGCCAAGUUUUUCGCUUCUUGGAGGUGCACACAGAGGUGGCGCUGGGUGCCCUCCUCGACUACUGCCUGCUUGGGGUCUCCAGCCUAGUCAUCAGCUGUGCGGGGCCUGACGUGCAAGCUCCGCUGCUUCCUGGUCAGGAGGAGGAGCUUUCGCUCUAUCCCGGUCCACACACUCAUGGCUUCUUCCCGAACCUGGACUUUUACGACGACAACCUCUAG